CAGCGACGUCAAUCGUUGUUUCGCAGUCGCCGAGAGCGGACCGCCACGUUUUCCGAACGCUGUUCAUCUCACACGUGAAUCUGAACGAUCGUGAUCGUAUCGUGUGUGAUCUGUGUGCUGCGUUAAUUUGGUGCUGUGCGUGUUGUGAUUCUACCUCCCGGUUGCAGUUGCAAGCCUGCCGGCGAGAAAGGUGGACGCGUCGUCCAAACGGACCCCGUGCACCCUCCCCUACUACUACGGCAGCAGGCGUACGCUGCCUUAGAGGAGCUUCCGAGGGCAACGUGCGAGCGGCCGAGAAUGAUAGACCGUGCGAGGCAGAGUGAAGAGGCCCGCGCGAACCGGUGCUUUGAGCAACUCUUGCCGGGAUGCUGAAGGUUGGUGUACUCGCCGUGCGCUGUGUCUGAACGCGAGUGGUCGACGGAGUGGUUUGGUGCAGUUACAUUAGUACAAUAGUAGUGGCGGCUCGUGGCACCGCGAACGACACGCGGAGUCGGUAGAAGUGAGAAGUUGUUAGAGCGACACUACGACCGAAAGAGUUCUAAGUUGGCGUUAAAUUGCUCGCGAACAGUUCGCUUCAUUCUGUGUUACGAUCGCCACCCGGUCGGUGGUGCUUGUUUAUUGGUGCCCCCUGUUGUAGUGCUCGUCACAUUCGUCGCUGACUCCAGUGUUUCGUGUCGUGCAGGAUUAGUUGUGGCAUAAAUCAGUAUCAAUCGAGUGUUAGGAACGGUUUGGUUGUGAUUCAAACUCAUUUGUAGUGCCCAUAAGUAGUGAUCGCUAGUACUAAGAUGAUCGGAGGCAGCCGGACGCCACUGGCGUUGGCCAUCACCGCCAGCUGCUACUGCAUAAUCGCCCUAUUACCAGUGCAUACAUCGGCCAACGACAACUUACGGGUGGCGUAUCAAUGGAAAGAAAUAGAUUUCGAGUUUCCAAGUGCAGCUGAGCGACAGGAAGCGAUCGCUUCGAAACGCUACGUCCCCGAAAACGUAAUACCGGUCGGAUUGGAGGUCUACAAGAAGCGACUCUUUUUGACACUGCCCCGAUGGAAGGAAGGCAUCCCUGCGUCCUUAGGCUACAUCAAUCUCAACGAAACCACCACUCAAUCGCCCCGUCUACAUCCCUAUCCUAGUUGGAGCGCUCACAAACGCACCAGCGGUGAGACGGAAGCCCCAGAGAUCGUAUCUCCCUUCAGGAUACGAGCGGAUCGGUGCGGACGCCUUUGGGUACUGGACACGGGCGUGGAGGAGCUGCUGGGCAACACUACCGUUACCAGCCCAACGUCACUGCUCGUGUACGAUCUGCACAACGACAAUCUGCUUCGACGGUACCAAUUUCCCGCCGACCACCUGAAGGAGAACUCUUUCUACGCCAACAUUGCGGUCGAAGAUACCGAUUGCGAUGACACAUUUGCGUACGCGGCCGAUCUCGGUAGCCCGGGCCUGGUGGUUUACUCGUGGAAGCAGCAAGAAUCCUGGCGGGUGAAGCAUCACUUCUUUCAUCCCGAUCCGCUCGCCGGCAACUACAAUAUCACCGGCAUUAACUUCCAGUGGGACGACGGCCUGUUCGGCAUCGCGCUCAAGCCACAGUCGGACGGCUAUGCCACACUGUAUUUCCACCCGCUCAGCUCGCUGAACGAAUUUUCCGUGUCAACCAAAGUGCUGCGCAACCAAACGUACGCUACCGACGCGAGCAACUUCCACGAGUUCAAGGUACUGGGAUCGCGCGGCCCGAACGGUCAGGCCGGUGUUGCGUUCGUCGAUCAGAAGACGGGCGUCAUUUUUUACGCACUGCCCAACCUAAAUGCCAUCACGUGCUGGAAAACGUCCAACCGGGCGUACACCAUCAAAUCGCUCGGCCGGGUGUACAUGAGCACGGUGGAUAUGGUGUUCCCCAACGAUGUCAAGGUGGACGACGAAAGUAACCUCUGGGUGCUGUCGGACCGCCUGCAUCAGUACAUGUACGAGUCGCUCAAUCGCAACGACGUCAACUUCCGUGUUCUAACGGCCACGGUGAAAGACGCGAUACAAAACACGGCCUGCGAUACGAACAUUAAGCCGCUGCCGGACAUCAUCACCAACCUGGGCGACAUUUUGCGACCCUCGACGAGCACCGUUGCACCGAAGGUUGGUUCUAGCGGUGCCGGCCACUUUACGACCAGCGGCGCGAUGGCUCUGCUAUCGAUGACCGCUGUGCUGCUGGCAUCGAACUACUGCCACAGGAUAUAGACGAGCGCAGUGUAGCACCCCGUAGCAUUCCAGUGUUAUUCUCUCUGGUUGCUGAGCAACCAGAAUCAGGGAUCCGUGUUAGAUAUUGCAGCGACGAAACGACGGUUGUGUACUUAAUAUUUCGUCCGUGUAGGAAAUAGCCGUAUAGUGCACACGUGUUACUUGUUUAUCUUUGUGUGUUUUCAACCAGUAUUGAAUAGAACCAGGAUGGAGCAUCAUGUUAUUCCAAAUGGACGAUGAACAACGGUCCAUUUAGGCACAUUCGUAUAAUUUCUGCUUAAUGUUUGCACUGCGACUAUUACAGCUACUAUACUACUGCAUUUGCAUUAACGAAAGCUAUCCUAUUCUACGGCUGUCCGCUUCCUUCUACGUCAACUCACAAUUGACCAUCACAGACACAUUUCUUUCUAUCCGGAGCCAUUGCUGUUACACAGUUUUGUAUUGUAGCGGUUGGAGCGCAGUUGUGUCAUAAUCGUUAAUUAUUAGUCAACGUACCAAAAUAAAUGUAAAGAAAAACAGCCUUUGUAAACGAUGGUGUGUUCGUAUCUACGUAAUAUCGCUGUCAGCCUAAAUCGGAUGAAAAAGGUAAGGUUUUACUGUUGGUCGUAUGUCGCAUGGAAAGGCAUCGUUUGUCAUCAUUUGGGCGAUAAGUUCAAGGGGCAGCACUUGAUUUGGUGUUUCAACCGAUACAUUUAUUUUAUCAUAUUCCCUAACCACUUUGUUCAAUCGUAGGUGACACGCUACGCCGAUGAAUAAUUGUUGUAUGAAUAGAUCUUUUAUCGACUAUCGAAUACAUGUAACAAAUGAAAACAUCAUAUAACAUACGUUCUCUUGCCUAGCGUGGCACACAGGUGUGUGUGUGUGUGUAUAUAUACCCUUAUGCAUAAUCCAUUACACAUAACUGCUAUAUAUACAACCUACAUGCAGACGGCGAUUGCAAUCGAAAAAAUGAUAAAUAUACACACUAAAAACUUACGUCCGUAAAUUGCUUCUCACACUAGUAUUUGUUGCUUAUCGUUCAAUCGUUCUAUCAGUGAGUUAUGGUUCUACGAUAACACUCGUGUACUGUACGCUCUCCCCCACUGUCAGCACUAAGUUACAUUGCUUUUUCACCAACCAUUCACCAACAUUCUGUCACGGAGAAGGAUAUUGUGGCUAGUUUUCCCCCCGCGCGCAAAAAACCAUCGAAAACAUAAUGCAAAACUCCCGAUGUGAGUGUGUUGUAGUUGUAGUGAGAUGCGUGCGUCAGAAACGGGCACCUGGUUCAGGUAAGUGCUACGGUUAGAGAUGUUGUUUAAGCUAUACAUUACGUACUGCACACACACACAAAAAAACAUUGACCCAUAGCCGAAUGCUGAGUGCAUAUUGUUAACGCGUAUCAUAAUGAAUCUUACGAGCUUACUUUCCGCUUAUCAUCAUUGCAUUUGUUCACUAACAUUACACAACUAAUGAUAGCUUUGUACAGGUAAAGCAUUGAGAAAAUACAACCGAAACAUUACAGCCCACAGUCUGAUAGGUGAAAUAAAAUACUCAAUGCUGAUGCUUCUCAAGCUCGUAACAACCAUUCCAAUCCAGGGGAAAAACGAAAAACGAAGGGGAGGAAACAACACUGUCUUGUGUUAGGUGGCGAAACUAAACAAACUGAACUGGAGUUGUUAAUCAAGCAUGGAACACAGACCGGAUGGUGUGUAUUGGAUGAUGUCCUAGUGGUAAAAAUUGGGGAUGCGCAACAAGUUCAUAGCAAACUCAUACUUUUGCACCAGAAAAACUAAAAAUGCCAAAUAAAGUUGCAAUGAGCAUUCCUUCCUACACCGUGUGACCCAUUCUACACGCUUCCCGGGUUUUCUUCGUUAAGCAUAUCAAAGCCACAAAACAAAACAAACCCAAAUACCAAAUAUGACCACCACACACAAACAGACACGAUCACCCGAAACGAAAGAUAAACCAAAAGAUUACCAACAGCUAAAAACAUGUAUACCGAUGAAGAUUGUAGGUAAAACUAAUAAGAAAAAGAGUAUGCUUACACGACUGCGUUUGAAAGUUUAUCGAUAAGCCCGAUGGUGCUUUAACACACCGCACAAAACUUGCUUUUACAAAAAAAAAACCGUACCAACUGUCACUUAUUACCCACUGAGAAAGGAAAUAGAAAAAAGAGAAAAGGAUAACAGAUAAAGAGAAACACACACGAGAUAUGGAUGGAUGGAGAAAGGAGAGAGAGAGAGAGAGAGAGAAAAGAGAGAAAGGAAGAGUGUUAGACAUAUAGAUCGAUAUAGACUACAGCUCAAACCCCCCUCUAUAAAGGAUAACAACAAAAAACCGUUGUAUGUUGCAAAUCUAGGAUUGUAAUCUCCAAUUGCCGAUCACGAACAGGGGAUGGAAAGUCCAACAGUUCCACAAGAUGCAGGUAUUUGAGUGUAUUAAACCGAAAGAAAUCAGGUUGCAGGUUCUGCCAACAGUACUACAUUAUUUGUAUGAAACAAUUCAACAGGUUAAGUGUCCAUAAACGCCUGACAAAUGACGCAGACAGGGCGAGAACAGAGCAAUGGAGGAUGGCUUAUGGAACGAUAGAGAAGCGAAAAAUUAAAAUCUCAAUCAACGAACAAAUGUUACCAGCACUAUUACAGCUAUUGCAUACAGGGUGAAAACAUUUCAGUGUGUUCAGAAGUAACUCAUCCAUUAAUCAUCCUGCAUUGCCAGAGCGCACAUCUAGUGAUUGAAAGAAGCUUUAGACUAUAGAGGUUUAACUAGCAUCAUCGGAACGGAAAACAAUACACCACACCUUACACCCUUACAACAACCAAACGUAUCACACCACCUGCCCACCAUUCCUUGUACUCCCACCAAAAUACUGUAUUUAAUGCUAGGUAAACAGGAUAUAAGAGGAACUGUGAAAUUGGAAUGACAAUUUCGCCUGCCUCGCGAUGCUGACGAGUAUCGCACACGGCAAGGGACUUUCCACUCAACAAAAUUGAUGUGACAAACGGUCAGAUUUCGUUAGAAGAUACUUAUAAGGGAAGCUCCGACCAAUGUCGCCGACCCUUGAUGAGACUGGCGGGCGCACAGGCAGCCUACCGUUCAAAGGGUGGGAACGGAACAGUGCCCAUCCAACAUCAACUUUGUGAUUGCUAAGAGUAGACGACCGUCGCCUUUUGGGACACACAUCACUCUUAAGACAAUCACCUGCACGAUCACGGUAAGGUUGGUUUUUUUUUGGGGGGGGUUUUAAUGGGGUUACAGAAUAACAUACAGACAGGAAUAGGAGCACAAAAAGUAAACAUAGUAAAGCUUCAACUAAACAGGAUAACCAGGCCGAAAGGAACCCACCGACCCACCGAAACUGUUUUGCUAGUUACUAACAUACGACACACACACACUCUCUCUAUCUCCCUCUCUCGCUCCCCUUCCCUGAUUCGGUUGUACGUACGGCUUUUUACGGCUCCAGAUCGGUCUGCCGGCCGUGAAAUGAUGGUACUGCACCGUGAUGGACGCAUGGUACUGUAAAUAUGGAAGUAAACCUGGGAGGACUAAACGUGUUAUAAUCCACAUCAGUAUCAGUAUCGCAAUGCUCGCAGUUGUUUUGCUUUGUGGCAGUUCUCAUACUUCACUGUGGCUUAGCCAUUGCUGUAUGGAUGAAGGUAGUCCAAACAAAGGUAGAUGAGAUGAAAUUAAUGACUCGUUAUCCAAA